UUCGGACUGUCAACAAGCGAAGAGAUGUCAAGAAAAUGGAGGCAUUUUGGAAAUUUGUAGACUUUUUGUAUCACUGGCAAUGGCUUCAUCUUCUUGUAUCUUUCUUAGCUAUUUAUUUAACUUAUUAUUUUCUAAAAGUAGUGAAAAAACCGACGAUCAUCGGCAAAGAAGGGCCGUUUCUUCAGUUUCUGAUCGAGAAAUGCCCGGUGCUUUCGGAAUACUAUUAUCCAACUAUCUGGUGUUUCGGUUCUCAUGCACAGACUGUUAUUAGAGCUAUGCUUCGGCUGCGUCCUCAUGUACCAUUUAGAAGGGAAGAGCUUGAAACACCUGAUGGAGGAGUCGUAUGCUUAGACUGGUUUGACCAUGAAAACAGYCACCAUAGUAACCCUUCCAAAAGACCAACUGUUUUAAUACUUCCUGGACUUACAGGUGGCAGCGAAACAAGCUACUGCAGACAUUUGGUUCUUCAAGGAGAAAMAGAGGGUUAUAGGACUAUUAUUGCUAACCACAGAGGUUUUGGCGCAUCACAGCUAAAGACUCCAAGAACUUUUUGCGCUGCUAACACAGAAGAUUUAAAGUUUGUGAUAAAUCACAUCCAUAAAAAUUACCCAGGAUGCCCUGUACUGGGUGUGGGGAUUUCUAUGGGAGGAAUGAUCAUGAUGAACUAUUUUAAUGAGUUGGGUGACAAAGACUCAGGGCUCAUUGCUUGUCUAGUGGUGUCAACUCCAUGGGACUGCACAGAAUCUACGCUAUCUCUUGAACAACCUUUAAACUGGUUACUAUUUAACAGACGAUUGACAAGAAACCUUAUCACAAUGGUUAAAAGUAACUUCGAUGUGUUUCAUGAGAAAGUUCCAUAUGAUAUCAACCAUGUCAUGCAGUCGCGAUCUGUGCGAGAGUUCGAUGAAAGGUUCACUUCACCAACGUUUGGCUAUAAGAGUUACGAAGAGUACUACAGCGCGGCUUCGCUACACACAAAACCACUUCAUACAAUUCGUAUCCCUGUGUUGUGUCUUACAGCAGCCGAUGACCCCUUUUCCCCUGUUCACGCGAUUCCAGUGAAAGCAAUCCAAGAAAAUCCUCUWAUCGUCAUGGCAAUGACGUCACAUGGCGGCCAUAUUGGAUUCAUGGAAGCCAUCAACAUCAAUCAAGAUAACUACCUAGACCGGGUGUUUGUGAACUUUGCGCGAGGUAUUUUUGAGCUCAAACAGCAAGGGAAACUUCAGCAACUCGUCAAAGAUGCUCUAAAGCUGCAGGACAKCGAAUUAAACAACAUUAGUUGACCUCAUCUGCGAGAUAACAGUUCCCUUUCAAGCUGUGUGUAAUUACAAGCUUUUUAGUCUCCAUAAGAUUGCAGUAGGCUUUUCCAUGAAAUUAACUUUAUUUUCCAUGAAAUUAACUUUAUUUUCCAUGAAAUUUACUGUUACUUUGACUACAUGCAUGGUCAURCUGUWGGAGGAGCCGACGGGUUCCUKGGAGAAAUAUWUCUGUUCUUAUAUGUCCCAGCCAGCUGUAAGUCACAACUGGUUGCCAGCGAGAAAUUCAGGAAAAAGGCAAGGAAUACUCUAAGAAUUUUGCCAGGAAAAUAACAAUUUCUUAGCUAAAAAAAAKUGUAAGCCGUUAUUGACCAUAAACGUUGUAUAAGCCUUUUUCGACCUUAAAAACGUUUGCCAAGAACAAAUUUAUUUUAAAGAAGGAAAGGCSCAAUAACGUAGUCCAAAAUCCCUUUYCCAKRAAGAAAAUCGCACAAGAACAKUUAUUUAGAAGAACAGACCCCGUCGGCUCCUCCUGAUAUUGUAAGGUGGUUACCAGUCAUCAAUUCAACAUCUCACCGAUAAAACAAGCUGGUCUCUACAGGAAAUAAUGACAUACGCUAUACAAUAACUAGGUGUUUAGUCUGUAGAGUAAAAAAGCGAAGAUGUAAAAGUUAUAUAGACACGCUGUCACUGAUGUAAAGAAUGAAAAAGGAUGUAGAAUUUGGAAUAAAAUGUUGUAACUUCCUUCUA